GUCUGUGACCAGAAGUUAUUACAGAGGAGCUGCAGGUGCCCUACUCGUUUAUGAUAUCUCAAGGUAAACUGUAAAAAAACAACUCUAAAAAGUAUGUUUAUUAUACAGUGUUUAAUUGGACAUUGUUUUAAUAGGGCAUAAAUAUACUUUGGAAGGUGCCUCAAAUUCUGCAUUCUCAAUUUUUGCCUGCAUUUUUUCUACUUGUUAUAGUCGAGAAACAUACAACUCUCUAACAAACUGGCUGACAGAUGCAAGGACACUUGCUAGUCCAAACAUCGUGAUCAUCCUUAUUGGGAACAAAAAAGACCUUGAUAGUGAUAGAGAAGUUACCUUUCUGGAGGCCAGCAGAUUUGCACAAGAAAAUGGUUAGUACAUGACUGUGUACAGGAUAUUUUCUCCUGUUUAUAAGCAUUUUCAGUGGCUAAUAAAGUGGAACAAUACUAUAUCAUGAGAUCGCCUUUUUUGUAUUAUUAUUACAAUUGAACCCCGUUCUAUGGACGCUCGCUUAAUAUGGACACCUCAUAAUUAGGGACAGUUUUCCUUGUCCCUUGGGAAAGUCCAUACAUUUUCUCUAAAUUAAACCCACUUAAUACGGACACCCGUUAAUGCAGACAAUGGGCACUUUUUUCUUCCCCAAUUAACAGAUUCUUUUAGUAAGUUAGCCUCGCUAAUGCCAACACUUUAUUACCAUGAACUUUAUGCUUUUCCUUCUUGAAGGUAAAAAAAAUCUUCAGUUGAUAGCAUGUCAAUGUUCCCAGUGAUACAAUACACCGGACAUGAUGAUUUGUAGACAUCAAUUUCAGACUAUUUUCAGGCAUCAAACUAGUUACCGUAUUUUAUUCGAUUAACCGCCCUGGGCGCUUAUUAAAUUUUUGUACCUUGAGAGUGGGCGCUUAUUCGAGGCUGGGCGCUUUUUAAACUGUCACCAUUUUCAGCAAGUGAAGUAUGUUUAUUUUGCAAAAAAAAAAAAAUGCUAAUACCAAAACGCGAAGAAGUAACAAAGCAAGGUUUCUCUAUACUACUGUGAAAAAAACUCCGUCCUCGGGGAAGUCUCUUAUUAGAACUUAUUCACUCAAGUGGGUGGGAUGGGGGUGAGUGCUUAUAUGAGUUUGAUUGGGAGGAGGAGCGGUGGGCACGUAUUCGAGGCUGGGCGCUUAUUAACUUUUUCUGCGUUCAGGAUGGGCGCUUAUUCGAGGUGGGCGCUAAUUUGCAGUUGGGUGCUUAUUCGAAUAAAUACGGUAUACAGAGAAACGUUUUGAUUCAGUAGUAUAUUAAUGAGCAAUUUUUUUAUUGUUUCCAUGGAUUUAGUCUACGGAAUGACGAGUUUGUGAAAGUUAGAGAUGUUUAAUUUGACGAUGCUAAUGUCCUCUUUUAUUUCUUUAGUAUUUUUUUGUUCAAUAAUAAAAGGUGUUUUUUGACCUUAAUAACAUGACCUGAUUAUUAUUGCGGACACCUCGUUAAUACAGACACUUUCUAAUGGCCCCUUCAGGGUCAGCAUUAAUGGCAUUUGAUUGCAUUAUUAAUAAUGGUACUGCAUACUAAUUAUGGGUUUACAAUCAAGUUGUCUGCACGUCAUCUCACGCUAUUAAAUUAGUUAUGUCAAUUCAAAAUCAGAGUGGCCUAUAAUUUUAAGAUGCGCAACAACAUUAUAAUAUCCUAUUACACAUUGACUGUGCUUGUCUUGUCUCAUCAAGACUUACACCUGCCAACUCAUUGCCAUUAGUUAGUAGACCAAAACACAAUGAAAAUAACAUUUAUGCCAUUGAGGACAAAAUUAAACACAGCAUGCGAAAGAGAAAGAAGAAUAAUGUAACCACAAACGACAAAGUCAGUGAUGAAAAAUGGAAGAAUUGAAUUAUCUCUAUAUGUUUUAAAAGCUGCCCAAUGUACAAUUAACAAUCAUGGAUUAUGAUCCCAGGACCGUGCCCGGUCUUUUUGCUGUUAAUAGCCAGAUUGCAAUUGGAGUGUAGCAGUUUUUCCUAAUACAUGUGUUUGGUGAGGUGUCACUGUGGCAGUCUUAAGGGAAGGGUAUGACUUGAAUACUACUUGUGUUGAAAAAACCCAUAUUCUUCCAUGUUUGUAUUUUAGAGUUAAUGUUUUUGGAGACAAGUGCUUUGACAGGAGAAAAUGUUGAAGAAGCCUUCUUGAAAUGCUCAAGAACAAUCCUCGGCAAGAUAGAGACAGGUACUGUAUUUACAUUACUGUAAUGUUUGAAGAAUAAACUUGACUCAGUUUCUUAACUCAUUGACCCUUCCACCUUCUUUUCAACUUUUGACUCAGACCAGUUAGCCAAUAUCCGUUGACAUUGCAGGAAAGAGCAUCUUAAAAUUGAGAAAUUUACCUAGUGUAAAGGUGAUGCAUUAAAAGCAAGUGGAAAUAUUGCUCCACAAAGUCGUGUUAUUUUACAUAUGUCUAGAUAGAUAGAUAGACAGACAGACAGAUAGACAGACAGGGUAUAAUAAUAUUGUUGGAAUCAAAUGUUUUAAAUUCCUGUCUAAAGAUUAAACAACGGCCAGUUUGUCUAAAGAGGGCCGUAAAAUGAGGGAAUGAUGUUUCAGAGAACUUAGCUCCUAAUUUUCCCAGUGAGGGUGAGGCCAUAUCCCUCACUCCACUACCACCCCCCCCCCUCCAUGAGAGUGUUCCUCUGGCCACUACCCCCCUCCACGAGAGUGCUCUUCUGGCACAUAUUUUUUGCCUUAAAAUAUUGAAUAGAUGCCUAGAAAACAAGCCCCAGCUGGCUUCUUGUAUAAUACCAUGGCCAGUCAGAUCCCCUUUGCAAAUUGUUUUGCACUUGUUUCUGAAUCAAAGAAAUUACAAAGCAAAAUAUUGAGAUUCACAUGUGACCAAGUCAGUCACUAACUUAAAGCCUUAUUCCUUUACCCGUUCAUAUAUUUUUAUUUUUCUCUCCACAGGUGAACUGGACCCGGACAGGAUGGGCUCAGGAAUACAAUAUGGAGAUCCAUCUCUUCGAAGGUCAAUACGCCCAGGGAAACAGGAAGAAAGGCAAAAAUGUGCUUGCUGAUCAUUUUCUACCAGUGUUAUUCGUUUAUUUAGUAGUAACUCAAGUCAGUGGUACCUAUCUCUUAUGAACAGUAAAGCAUUAUUUUAAUGUUGUAACUGCAUGGUAGUGAUACUGAGAUUGUCAUGUUAUAAUGUACUUAUUGUUAGAGAUGCGUUGAAACAUAUACUGCAUUUCAAAGUUUGAAUUUUUCACUAAUAGUUAGAGAGUAGAUACUUCGCUGGUAAAGUGACCAAAAAGUCUUCUUUUUGGUAAGGUAGUUGCCGUUUUAUUGACUAAAAGCACAACUUAACCGCAAGUCCGCAAGAGAUUCUCAUCAAAUUGAAGUUCAGUAUAAAACAGAAAGUCAGUCAGAUUUCCAGUGAGUUUCCUCAAGGUGGCUAAUCUGGAAUAGAUUUUUGAAAAAAAAAAUUGUUUCUUCUAUAAUUUAUGGCUAAAAUGGGGACACUUGUUUUAUCAUUAACCAGCUCCUUCUCCCUAUCUGGGUAAAGGGCAGACACCUGUUUCAUAGAUACCAAUAGAUAAUAGUGUUUUUGAACUGUUGUUCAUUAGCUUUUCAGUGCCUCCCAGACACAAUUUUGCAUAUUGGCAAUGUUUGUUUCUUGCAUGGCUUAAUGAGCAAGUAAAUAACAGUUACUGCAACUCUUGUAGAUAUCUACCACUACAAAGAAAUUGAACAGGUCAUUAACUGCAAUACAUGUUAGAAUUAUAUCUUUUAAGUGUCAUUGCUCAAAUUGAAAUGCAGAGAAUGGAAUUAGUUCAUGUUUGAUUGACCAUAUUCUGGAAUAAGAAUAAAUGGAAUCAGCUGUUGGCAUUCCUUUCAUCGCAAUAUUAUCUAGAAAUUUGCUUGAAAAAAAAUUACAAUGUAUGUGUAUGUAGAGUUUCAAUUGAAAACUUUCACACAAUUCUUAUUCUGGAAUACGAUCAAUCAAACCCUUCCUUAAUGUACAAUGCUAAACUUCUUUGAUGCCAUUUCUGGCAUUGCUGGGGUACAAGGUUGCAAGUUAUGGUCAUGAACUUUGUAAAUAAUUGAUGCAAAGCUUUAAAAGUAAGACCUUCUAAACUCACACUAUAAAAUGAGUGAGACCUCAUUGUCAUAAUUAAAAGUAGAAUAAGGACACUAAUAUUAUACAAACACCAAUGACAUACCAGGUGAACUUUCGCACGAAAACAGGGAAAGAUCACCAUUGCUAUGGCUACAUAAUAAAUUGUGCGUUUCGCAGCAAAAAACUAUUUAAGUGAGAUGGUUUGGCAUUCAUUGGUUUUUAUAUAAUAAUACUAGAACAUUACAUAGCCGCUUGGAGAUAAAAAGUUUCUCUUCUUCGUAUCCCCUCACGGCCAUGUAAAAUCCUUUAUAACUGACAUUAUAAACAAAAUUAACUAGACAGCCCGGACACAGUCCCUUUAAACUCUAAACGCCUGAGGCUGGCCUAUCACACAUUUGGCCUCAACAACCUCUCUUACUCUAUGCUCAUUUAACCCUUUAAGCCCCAAUAUCCACAUGCAAAGUCUCCAAACUGAUCUCCAUACAUUUCCUUUAAGAAGAAGUUGAGGGAAUUUGAUAAAAGAUCAUGGUAUUUUUUCAUUGGGAAUCAUUUUAUUAGUUCUCAUAACUUUAUCUCUUGAGAAUGUACGGGUAUCAUUAGGAGAAAAUAUUUCUUGGUCACUCUUGGGACUUAAAAGGAUUCAACAAAGUAUUAAGGAGUAGCUUUUGGCUGAACAUUCCAGAAUUUUUAUUGGUGACUAAAUGAGGGGUCAUGUUGCAGUACAAUUCAGUUUUUCUGGAUUUGUAUUCUUGAUAUCACAAUUGAGAAAAGUUUCAACCCUGCAGGGGGGCAUAAUAUUGUCUUUGAUGUAUUACUUUCUCUGACAGAAACAACAGUCUGCUGUUAGUCUGCUCAGGUAAGUAUAGCCUCCCACACAGAUGUUCUUAGGGGUUUGUCACAUGCUUCUGCUUUGGAUUGCAUGACAGAUGGAGCCGAAGGAGGUUAUUUAAAUACAGUCUGGCCUUCAGUCUUUGGUGUUGGUUAAGAGUUAGCCUAAGUAUCAGGCCUUCCUAAGGGGCUAGGGGAGAGGAGAUUUUAGUUAAGGGAGGGGGGAGGGGGAGAAGACAAAGGAAGGUUUCUCUCCUUCAGCUCUCUCCCUUUUUCGCUUCCAUCUUUCCCCUUUUCCCCAGAAAUGCCUGAUACUCAGGCUAGGUAAGAGUAAAACACAGUAAGCCACAGUUUUAUUCACAAUGGAGGAAAAAACAUGGUUUUAACCGUUUGCUUUCAAUAAAAAUAAUGGCACAUGUGGCUUUUCCUGUCAUGGCUUUAUAACUGAAUCUUGAAUUGGACAUCUUUCUUUGACAAAUUAUAGAUUAAACCAAUGUAGAGCUACAAUAAUUUAGUGCCAAAAUCGUUAAGACACUGUAAUGAAUCAUUAACAUUACACCACUGUGAAUGACUUCCAUUUUAGAAACAAAACAAUCUGGACACUUCCUCCUCUGCCCCCAACCACAGUUGCUUUCCUUUUUGACAGCAGCACAACAUCAUUUGGAGAGAAUAGGGGAGGAAAAGCUUGCUUUUUACUGUUACAAGUAGGCAGAGAGCAUGAGAAAUAUCAUUGGGGACAGUAAUGAUUUUUGUUGCCAACGGCCGUAUCCACCUUGUGAGCAACUGGAGCGUGGUGUUAUUUUUACAGUAAUACCGAUCUGCAUACUACAGUACAUCUUUUUGUAGGUGAUGGCUUUGAUUAGUUGUAAUUAACUUUGUACUGGUUAUUAAAAGGAACAUCCUAAAAUAAUUUGUUAAUGUACAGAGUUGUAAUUGGUAGCAGAAUAAACUUUAAAAACUUCCUGUUUCGUUUGCAAAGAAUUGGAAAGUUAAUGAACAUUUUAUACUCAAACAAGCGGUAUUGUCAACCUUCUAGUUUUCCCAUUGAAGGCAGAGCUUUGAGAGGAUCUGCUACAAUCUUCCAAAUUCGCAUAAAUGUUGUCUCUUGUUG